AUGCUCACUAGAACCACAUCUGUCCAUCAAACACCGAACGCCGGUGACAGGUCAGCCCAUAUCAACGAAAUGGACAUGAUGACCAUCCUUGAGCUUGAAGUGCAAAACAUAAAGAUGGCACGCGACUCCGAAGAGCAGAAGCAAAACAUGAACCGCUUGCUCCUCAAGGAACCCAAAUGGACAGAAUCUGCAAUUAAUCCGCAGUGCAUGAUUAAUGACAUUGGGUCACCACCUGCAUGUGACUCUACGUCGUCAUGGCAUGACGAGACACUUAAAAAGUCUCAGGAACAAAAUGCACAGCUGAGAGGUGAGAUGAAGGAACAGGAGAAGACUAUCCUCAGCCUCACAAAAAAGCACAAAGCAGCCGAGGGCCAAUUUGAACAAAACAUAACAAAGAUUUUCUACAAGCUCGAGGAACAGAAGAAGAAGAUGGCCGACCUCGUGUUCCAAAAAGCAAUGCUGGUUCGUGAUCUCGAGGAACAAACCAGAAUAUCGUCUGCGCUAGAAAAGCGAGAUACGAAGAUAAAGGAAGUCUUUGGUAACAUUGCGAGUACAAUGUUCUUGGAGCUCGAGUACCAAGAAGAACUGAUCAGCGAGAUGGCACCAGAUGAUGGGGAGUGUUUCCAGCCAAGCCACAAUACCCUAAAGCAUCUGGUUGAAAUAAUUGAACAAUGA